AUGCAAUUAAUGAUAAUAGUAUUAUUAAUUGAUAUAAUGGUAAUAUCCUUUUGAAUCGACGAAUGUAAAAAUUUGUUAUCAUUUCAAGUUUUGCAAGUUUUUCAGUUUUUCUCAAUAACAUGCACAUUAAAAAACCAGAUAGUACAAAAAAUCUGUAAAAAUUCUCAUUUCUCACGUGUAAUCUUUUAACCGAACAGCCGAAAAUUAUUUAGUAUUUAGGUAGUCAAACUUACUGAUCAACUCCCAAAUAUCCAUUAGGUAUAUAAUUUGGAAAAAAAUGAAACGCUAAAACUGCCAAAAUUGCGAUUCCUCGAAUUCCUUGUAAAUUCAAAAGUUUGUUGACAAAAGACAUGUAGAAUUUGAAAUAUGGGCUUCUAAUUCUUCUGCCUGUUUGUGUUGUUCAUAUCUAUCUUAUAUAUUUAUAUGUACAUUGAAAUUCUGAUAUAUCAGCAAACAUGAUUGAUGAAUUCGUAGAUAUAACGUUCAGGCGGAAAAAAUCGAGUUUACAUCAAACGAUUAUCUAUCCUCUCUGUCAGAAAAUCAAAAAUGUUGAUUUUUUGAAUUCGAACUGGAUUAUGAGUACUGAUUUAGGCGUAUUCUUUCGGUCAAAUUAGGUUUUUUGACGAAAAUUUGAAAAUCAUUAAAAAUAGAAAAGUUACAAAAAACGUGAACGUGAAAAUUGUUUCUUUAAUUUUUCCCCCAGAAUUUAUUUCAUUUUUAAAUUUGGAAAAAUUCAGAAGUUGUUCAGAAUUUGAAUUUUCUCAAAAAACGGUAUUAUUGAAUUAAAAACACGUGAGAAAUAAAAAACUAGGUCAAGUGAUGUGGAUUUAAAAACAGUAUAGGUAGCCAUGUCGUCAGUUGCGAUGCGGUUCUGCGUUGCGUGUUGACCUCGAUAUUUUCCAUUGGAUUUGUCAAAUUUUCAUUUCUAAAAACGUGUCGCCCACACGCAUCGCAACUGACGACAUGGCUACCUAUACUGUUUUUAAAUCCACAUCACUUGACCUAGUUUUUUAUUUCUCACGUAUUUUUAAUUCAAUAAUAAAAAUAUCGAUUCCGGGCUGGAAAGCCUGCAUUUUUCACCUUUCCAACAAAUUUUCCAUUUUUUGCAGAUCUUGAACACAAUCGGAAAAAUCGGGCAAGUCAUCGAGGUCACAGUUCCUCCAGAGGUUUUGACCAGUGGAUUGUCAGCCGAACGAGUCGAAUAUUCGACCAAACCUUUGCUUGGAACUUCGCAUACGGUAGAUUUUUGAGAGGUUUUGAAGAUAAAAUCUGAAAGAUUUCAAGGAACUCAAAAUCGUGUUGUUUAGAUUUUAAACUUUCAAGAUAUCCAAAAAAUCUUUUUCCCGAACCAAUUCGAAAUAUUUCCAGCCCGGCAUCGAUCUUUUCAUCCGUCGUCUCGUAAUCGCCUAUACUCGCCGAAAUAAGUGCAAAGAUCUUUUAUUCACUCUUGGAGUCGAUCACGAUGCUGGAAUUCCGAAUGAACUUAUUGCGGCAGCGCUUGUUGCAUUCGGCGAAGAAGCGCCAGUUUUGUGCGCAUAAAAUGUCUUCCGAGCCUAAUAGGCUCGAUGGGCCCGCCAAGUCCAGGCCCAACAUUUUUCUCCCCACCGCUCCCAAUUUUUCCAAUCACAUCAAAUCCACCGAACGAGCUCUCAAUGAUCAAAAUUUGUCGAUUUCUGGCGGCCUUGAUUCAUUGUACACGUGGCAAGCCGGCGAAGUUGAUCGACCUGUUUUUGAGAUAUUGGACGGGCCACCAUAUGCUAAUGGUGAGGCUCAUACAGGUCAUGCAAUUAAUAAAGUAUUGAAGGAUUUUGUGGUGAAAAGUAGAGUUGGAUUGGGAUAUCGGUGAGUGAUUUUGGGUCUAGAAAAUAAGAAGAAAUCUUUAUUCUUUCGAUUUCAUCUUUCUAAUUUUCCAGUGUCAUAUUUCGUCCUGGAUGGGAUUGUCACGGUCUACCGAUUGAGCUCAAAAUUGCCAAAUCCACAACUUCCUCAGGUCCUCCAAAAUGGCCCCUAGAAAUCCGUGAAUCAGCUCGACAAAUCGCCGACGAAUCGAUUGGAAAACAAAUGAACGCAUUCAAAAGAUGGGGAAUUUCGGCUGAUUGGAAAGAUCCGUAUAUUACGAAAAGCGAAGAAUAUAUUGGAAAACAAUUGCGAUGUUUUGGUGUGAUGGUGGAAAAAGGAAUGGUUCAGAGACGGUUUAAACCGGUUUAUUGGUGAGUCAUUUUGAUGGAUAUAUAAGAAUAGAUUCAAUUUGCACACCUCAUUUUUGCAGGUCUCCAAGUUCAAAUACAGCUCUAGCCGAAUCUGAACUCGAAUACAAUGAAAAACAUCAAUCAACUGCUGCCUAUUUCAGAUUCAAAAUGAUUAAUUUAUCUGAAAAUGAUGUUAAUUGGGCUUCCGGGCUUCGACCAAAGCCUAAACCGGCCCAGUUUUAUGCAUUGACUUGGACAACAACACCUUGGACAUUGCCAUUGAAUAAUGCGAUUUGUGUGUCGAAGAAGAUUGAAUAUUGUGUGAUUGAAUUUGAGGAUGAGCAAAAGUAAGUGGAAAAAUGGGUUCGGGAUGGGAUUUUUAUCUAAAAAUGGUGGAAAAUUAAGAAUAUUUGGGUGUAAUAGAAGCUUUGUAAAAUAUUCAAAAAACCCAAAAUAUUAUCAAAUUUCAGCAGUUUCCAACGUUUUUUUUUCCAAAUUUCUACCCACAAAUUUCCACUGAAAUUGGAAAGUUUAGGCACCUGAAUUAUUGUACUCUAAAAAUAUAAUGUUCCUAAAAAUUCCUUAUUUUUGCAGCAAUCCAACAUCAAAUUUCUACAUUUGUGCCAAAAAUCUGAUCCCCCAAAAUUUCGACAAAAAUCGAAAAUUUCGAAUUUUGGGCGAAAUUUCGGCGGAAAAUUUGAUCGGAAGAAAAUAUGUGAAUUGUUGGUAUAAUGAAUUGGCAAUGCCAAUUUAUGAAGGUGAACACGUUUUGGAUAAUAUUGGAACGGGUUUAGUACACACAAGUUAUGCACAUGGAUUUCAGGAUUAUGAAGUGAGUGAAAAAUGGAACAUUUUGAAGUGAAAAUGAUAAAAAUUAGAAAGUUUGAGCCAUUAAUUCAAAAAUUCUUCUUCCUUCUGUCAACUCAAACUCAAACAUAUUUAUUUCCAGAUUGCUCUAUCCCAAAACGAAAAAGUUGAAAGUUUCGUCGAUUCUCAAGGCUGCUACACCCGUCAAAUGGGCCAUCAAUUAUCCGGUCAACCAGUUUUAGGUCAAGGUCAAAAACUAGUCCUCGAAAUCUUAGGCCACGACGUGGUCCACGUGUCAAAAUAUACGCACUCUUAUCCAUAUGAUUGGCGAACCAAAAAACCAGUUAUAAUUCGAGCAAGUCAACAAUGGUUUAUUGAUUUAGAAAAUGUUGGAAAACAAGCAGAAGAAGCACUCGAGAAUACUGAAAAUGUUCGAAUUUUUGCGGGAGAAACAGACUUACGAGCCGGACUGAAAAGCCUUGUUUCGUCAAGAAAGAAUUGGUGUAUUUCGAGACAGCGAGUGUGGGGAACACCGAUUCCAGCAUUAAUUAAUCGAGAAACUGAAGAGGCUUGGAUAACAAAAGAAUUGGUAGAAUAUGUGGCGAAAAUGGUGGAGAAAGAAGGUGUUGAUUGGUGGUGGAAAGUUGAUGUGGAGACUAUUUGUGAGGCGAUGAAAAUGGAGAAAGGUGAGUGGAAUAUAGGAAAGGGGGAGGUUAUUUUUAGGGAAACAAUUUCGAGAAAAAAAGAAACAAAUAUCUAUUCAUCAAAGUUUCAUGUUUUCCUUUGUACAAGUAUAAAUACGGGCGAUGUGACGACUUUUGAAAUAGCAUGUCGAUAAUUUUGAAUGAUAAACAUGCAUGGAAAAGGGUCUAAUGCUGGAAAUAUUGCAAUUGUGAUACUUAAAAUGCCACUGGCAUGACUCAAAUCAUAAUUGAAAAUUGUGAAUAUCAAAAUAAUUGCAAAUGGAAUAUGCAUAAGAAUAACUGGAAUUAAGGUUUGUGUAACUAGAGAGUAGAAUAAUUGAUAUUGCAGGGCCAUAAGGCUUCUUGAUAUCAUAUUUCUCUGAUUUUCAUUUCGAUCAUUUAUAAAAUAUGCAUUGAUACUAAAAUAACAUCUGAUUGCGAAAAAAAUUACUAAAAACAAUGAAGUUAUAACAACUGCGCAUUCCAAAAUCACACCAAUCACAGAGUUUUUGUCAAGUUCGUCCAAGUUUGUGGUUUCAUUUUUCUGAUAAAGAUGUACACCGAAAUAAACAGUUUCCUCGAUUUUCCAGUCAAAUUCAAUUUCCAACAUAUUUCUGAUAUAAUUUUCAGUAUUUUGAUUUGGAUGUAAAAGAAAAUGAAUAAAUGUUGCCCAAAAAACACCAAAUAUUUGAGGACUUAUCAUCCAGAAUAUUAUUCGAUAAUCAUUGAAUGUUGAAAGUGAAGAUUUUGUCGCAACCAAAAAUCGAUAGAAAAAUUGUAAUGAAAAUAUUGCCAUAAAACUUCCAUAGAAUCCAGUCCACGUCAUAAAUAAGAUAUAACUAUUAUCUCUUGAAAACGGAAAAUUUUUGAAAUUCGAAAAAACGAGAUAAAAUGAGCCAUGAGAAUAUAUUAUAGGUUCCAGUAUAACAUCAAUAAUUGAAUAACAAAUUUCAAAAAAUGAAAUAUAAAUCAUCAAAUAUUUAUAUGAUCCGAUUUGGUUUGGUGAUUUGAAAAUUAUUAGGAAAAUUAGAAGUAGAUUGGCUAGAAUUGAAAUUCCAGCUGAAAUUUCUUGAAAUUGGCUGAUACGGUGCUUCCAACUCAUUUAAACGAAAAGAAAAAUUGAUUUUCGAUGUUUGAACAAUUUUAGGCUGUUUAGACGAACAAGCGGUUUUCAAUUUCCUAUUCUGGUUUGUUUUUCUGGUGAAAAAGUUCAUGUUGAUUCAAAAAUAGAAAAAAUGGUACUCGAGCUUGGGAACACAAAUUAGUAUUUGAAAGUUGUGAUUUGGGGUUCGGGACACGUGUAAUCUAACAAGUUUGUUGUUUCCAGGUCUCUAUUCAAAAAAUCAAGACAUAAUGGAUGUUUGGCUGGAUAGUGGUUUAGCAUGGGCAGCCGCUCGAAAAGACCCAGAUGUUCAGAAAUCACGUGUUGAUUUAGUUUUGGAAGGUGUUGAUCAAUUUCGUGGAUGGUUUCAAUCACUUCUUCUCACAUCAAUUGCUAUAAAAAAUCAGAUUCCUUAUGAAAAUGUGAUUGUUCACGGAUUUUGUAUCGAUGAAAAGAAUCAGAAAAUGUCGAAAUCGAUUGGAAAUGUUGUUGAUCCAAUGGUUUUGACUGAUGGAUCUUUAAAACAAAAAGCGAUUGGAGCUGAUGGAUUAAGAUUUUGGGUGGCAUUGGGUGGAUCGGAAAAUGCGGGAGAAUCGAAAAUUGGACAGAAAGUUGUGGAGGAUGUUGAUAAAAAGGUGGGUUUAGAGAGUGAAUCUGGGGAGUUUUAGUUUGUAAACAAAAUUGAAAAAUUGCUUCUUUUUUGGAUUUUCUGAAGCGAAUCCUUAUAGAAUUUUUGAAUGCUUCGAAAAAAUAUACAAAAACAAAUUGAAAAUCUUCCAGAUAAUUGCACUUCGAAACGGCUUUCGUUUUAUGAUUGGCGGCUCAUUUGGCUACACCAAAAACCUUUGGAAACCCGAAAAACCAUCAGAUCUUCGAAUUUUGGACCAGGAUAUUUUGUAUAAUUUAUCGAUUUUUGGCGAAAAGGCGCUUAAAAAUUAUGAGAAUUUCAAAUUUCGAACGGUUGCGAAUGAUUUGAUACAAUUUAUGGCAAGGAAUUUCAGCGCGAAUUAUGUGGUGGGUUUUUUGGGUGAAAAUUGGAAUGAUGCCAAAUUAUAGAUUUCUAGGUCAGCGAAAUGAAUUCUCAAUUUUUGUUUUCUUUUUGAAAAUAAACCAAUUUUCUUUUUCAAAAACGAUUUUUUCCAGAUGGCCUAUGAAUCUAAUUUCGAGUUUCUAGUCCCUCUAAAAUCCCUUUGUUCUUCCAGAAAUAUGUGCGCGAUCGUCUUUACUGCGACAAAAUCGGUAGCCCUGCUCAUCUCUCUGCUCAAUUUACUCUUCACACUAUGGCACACGAUUUAUCUCAUCUGAUCUCGCCAAUUUUACCGCAUUUGUCGUCAGAAGUUUUGCGUGAACUUCCCGAUUCAGAAAAUCUCAUUCUACGUCAAAAAAUCAAUGAUGUAUUGUAUAAUUUUCAAGAAGUUUCAAAUGAUUUGCCACUAAUUUACGAAGUUCGAAAUCGUCUAGAAAUUCAAGCCGGACCAAAAAUCGAUACUUCCAAAAAAGCGGUGCUGAUUUCUGUUGAAAAAUCGAACGAUUUUGAAGUUUUAAACGAAAUUUUGAGGAAAAACGAGUUAUGCGAAUUGCUGAAUGUUAGUCAAGUUAGACUAACUUCAGAUGAGGAUUUGGAGCAUUCAGUGGAUAUUCAAAUUCAAGAAUCGGAUUUGAAAUAUUGUGAACGGUGUAGAAAACAUCAACGAGAUCCGAUGGAUUCAUUAUGUAUACGGUGUGCACAAGCCUAA